GUAGCUUUACGCAUCAUGUCUCUCGCAACCCGCUUCGGCCCUCACUUGGUGACUUCUCAAGUGUUCUAUCGAUCCCCUUCCUCCCUUUCCUGUGCUCUCGUCAACCUGAAGCCUCUGAAACUAUUACAUGUUCUCAUCAUCCCACAGCGUGUCGUUCCACGCCUGAAAGACCUGACGAAAGAAGAGGUUGCCGACUUGUUUCAAACAGCGCAGCUCAUCGGAUCAGUCGUUGAACAGGAAGCGAAUGCAGAUUCUCUCACGAUUGCUUUACAGGAUGGGGUGAAUGCUGGUCAAACGGUACCGCAUGUGCAUAUCCACGUUAUCCCACGGAAGGCCCAGGACUACCCUGACAACGACAUGAUCUACGAGGCAUUGGACUCGGACGAAGCGGACCUCGGGAAAGCACACGCUGCGCAAGGAUCAGGCCGGCGAACGCAGUGGGAGAAGGUUGACGAUGCGGACCGAGUUGCGCGGACAAUCGAAGACAUGGAAAGGGAAGCGAAAUGGUUGAGUACACUUUUCUAGAAUUUCCAGUGUAAAAGUAGAGCUGUCGUACAAUUACAGCACACCUCAUGUACGUGCAGCUUGCCGCGCCGAGAUCGACGGAGUGCUCAGAUCAGGC